CUUGGGAACCAGUCAACACGUGGAACCUCCGACUAUCGAUGUCCGCUAUACAUAUCGAAUGCCAUCUCGCUGGUCCGAGCCUCAGGGUCGUACCGUGGCACUUCUGUGCCCGGCGGCCCCAUCAAGGAAGGCCUCGGUAUCUGAUGAAGUAGGAGGGUGGAGGUAGCUCGCAAGAGAAGCCGGCACGACAGACAUGGCGAGGCGAGCAUGAUCAACCUGCUUGGCUUCGCCUGAAACCAUCUGUCAUUUGGAUAAUGAAUGGGGAACGCUGAACCGCUUUCCUUGUUCCGCACACGCUGUGCGGCUAGUCCAGCUAUGGGCAAAACUUCAUGCCCCAAUGGACUUUUGCUUCCACCUCAGAAUGGUCGUCGCUGCGAUGUGCCUUGCCAAGUCGGGCCCUCGGAUGACCAUUUUCUCCAACCUCUGUUCAUUGCCGACGCAGCACGCCAUAAAGCCAAGACGGCCAAGUGUACCAGUAUGAAGUCUAAGAGCUGUCCCCUUCGAACAUCAUGCUAGACAUGCUGUCGAAAGGCAGAAGAUUUGCCUAUCAGAGCCGCUGCCGGUUCAAUGCCCAGAUGCUAGCGAAGAUGCGGUUUCGUAGCGAAGUUCUAGUCUUCGCUGGAGUACUGUCAUCCGGGACAAUACGCACACUUUGUGGGCGCCACGAGAUGAUGUGAUGACCUGUCUUAAUGAUAUAAUAAUGAUAGAGGACUCUGGAGCUGAAAGCGGCUUGUGCCAGUUUUUCUGGCUGCAUCAAUCUACCUGCUUCUCCAGCGCACAUUUCCUCAUCCGUGCACUUCCCGAAUCCUGUCAUCACAGCACUAUCGUAACAGACGGGCUCAAUCGUCGAAUCCUGGCGGCUUGCAGCCAUGGGUCUCCAAGAACAGUAUUACGAGAAGGAGUAUCAAGAUGCCAGCAGUGGUGAACGGGCACUGUCGCCCACAUCCGACUGGUCGCCAGCGGAGGAGAGGAAAGCGAAGAGGAAACUCGAUUUGAUCAUCUUGCCCCUCUUGACUCUGGGCUUCUUCUGCUUGCAGCUCGAUCGGGGGAAUAUCGCCAACGCUAUUACUGAUUCCUUUCGCGAGGACAUCAACAUCACUCAAGAUCAAUUCAACGUCGGCCAGCAGAUGCUCUCUCUUGGUAUCGUGCUAUUCGAAAUCCCUAGCAAUAUGAUACUUUACAGAGUUGGCCCGGGCAAAUGGCUCACCCUUCAACUCUUCCUCUUCGGCACCGUCAGUACGUUCCAGGCGUGGCAAAAUGACUACGGCUCCUUCAUUGCAUCUCGUCUUCUGCUCGGUAUCACUGAGUCAGGCUUCAUUCCCGGUGGUUUGUGGACAUUGUCAACUUGGUACACUCGCAAGGAAACAGCCAAACGAGUCAUGAUCUUCUACUUUGGCAACCAAUUUGGCCAGGCUUCCGCAAAGCUUUUGGCGUAUGGUAUAUUACACAUGCGUGGUGUCGGCGGCAAACCUGGGUGGUUCUGGCUCUUCGUUCUCAUGGGGGCUUUCACCAUAGCGUCAGGUUUCGUGCUCGGUUUCCUCCUACCAGACUCGUUCGCAAACCCUCACAGCGCUUUCCUUCCCAAAUGGCGCAUCUUCUCCGAGCGUGAGAUUUACAUUCUUCAAAACCGUAUCCUCCUCGACGACCCCGCUAAGGGCCGGAAAAAGAAGUCGAUUGGCUUACCAGCUUUCAAAAAGACGUUCUCCAGUUGGCGAACGUGGAUUCACUUUCUCAUCACCCUCUGCAACAAUGGACCGCAACGUGGAUUCGACACGUACGCUCCUUCUCUGGUCAAGGAAAUGGGCUUCCAAGGACUCACAUCGAAUGCGUUGGCUUCCGUGGGUCUCUUCGUGCAAAUCCCCGUCUCCUUCCUCUUCAGCUACAUUUCCGACCGCUACGACAAACGUGGUGAGACGGUCAUAGCGGGUCUCUCGCUGACAGUUCUUGCCUAUGUCUUCAAUCGCAUCUUUACAGAAGUGAGAAACCAAGGAGCACAGUACUUCGGCGUCGUCCUGACACAGACGUUCGGAACAUUUUCGCACCCGUUGAACAUCACCUGGCUAUCGCUCACGUGCACCGACUCGGAAGAGCGCGCACUCGCUAUGGCACUGGUGAUCAUGGGAGCCAACAUCGCGGGCAUCUACGGUGCACAGAUCUUCCGGUCGGACGAUUUUCCACGCUACCGCCGAGCUUUCAGCAUUGGAAUUGGGGUGCUCACGUUUGGUGCCGUUCUUGCUUUUGUUCGCAGAGUUGAUGAGAGUUUGAAGCGCCGACGUGCGAGGAAAGAGAUGAGAGAAUCUGUUCUUGAAGAAGUCCAGAGUGUUCCCGAUGGUGCGCCUGUGACUGCUGUACGUCUGAAGGCCUGA